AUGUCUCCUCGUUCCCCGCAAUCUUUGGACAGCCCAAAUGGUGCGGCUCUCACCUGGAUUUUCGAUCAUUGUCUUCGCUACCCGGCUUCCUAUGAGAUCCCAUUGCGAGACAUGUACACAUUUAACUGUAAUCCGACGAAUACUCCAUUCCCUCGCACUCGUUCUCCCGAAACCGCUUUCUCCCCCCGCAACUCCGCCUCCACCCACUCAUCUCGCUCCUCCAAUGGCUCUUUCGAUGCCGCCGCAGACUUUCGCUCGCUCAUGAGCCACCAAAUUGCGAACCGGAGCUCUCAGCCCUGCGAACUUCCUGUCUCCUUCCUGACAGGAUUUGUGCACCGUUGCUUUACUGCUGAGCUUGAGAGUGUGGAUUUCCCCCAAGCUCUGACUGCUAUUGAUUAUCUCAAAGAUCUCGAGACCCGUUGGAAGAAGGAAAUGGAGGCCGCUCUGACGCGAUUGGGUAUCAAACGCGAGGACGCUGAGAAUCCGAAUUCCUCGGGAUUUGCCGGAAAAUAUCCCGGUGUUAUGACUUGGUUACACACGAUGAACGCCAAAGCUCGCACCGUGACCGCCCUGUACACUCAGAUCUACGUUGGCCUGCGUCGCUGGGUUCUCAUUAAUGAUAUGCUGCUUGAGCCUCAAAACAAGACUCAGCGGGAUGGCUUCUUCCGGUACAUCAAUGCGGUCGCCAUGAAUGGCAAGGAGGCAUUGGACCCCGUUAUCGUCCAGGGUGCACCCGAAGGCGAGGCUACCUCGUGGGGACCACUGCAUGAUUGCCUCGUGCGCUAUGUGGACCACGUCAAUGAGCUUAUUAAUGAGUGCCUGGUGGUCACCGAGCCCUCUUACUUGUCUGAAGCCCCUCCCCACUUCCCCAUUCCCAAGGCACACCCGGCCAAGACCGGUUCUUUCCUUGAGCGCAUUGCCCGUGAGGUGCGAUCCCUGGGCCCUAAUGCCCGUACCAAGAACCUCAAAAAGAUGAAAUCUACCACCGCUCUCGAUUCUCGGCCUGGCAGCCAACAGAGCUCCGCAGAAAGCUCCUUUUUUGAGAUCGAUGAGCAGAAGCGCCGCCGCUUGCUUGGCGAGGCGACUAGCCGCAAAAUUUCCCAGUCCUAG